GCAGGUCAUAGACUCCACAUGGACAAAGGUUUCUUGAGGAUUUGGAAUUAUCAGAAGCUGAAUCAUAGAUGACUUCAGAAACAAGAAGCCUACAUCAGGAGGAUCACAUUUUCAAGACCAUACUAGUCAUGAGGAUAUUACACAAACAAUAAUGGGGGUAGAGAAUAUGCAGAACGAAGGAUCACUCAACUGUGAUGUCAAGAAUAGCUUUAAUCCAACUUAAAGAGCAGAAAUACUUGCACAUCAAUCUUGACAUUGGUCCUCAGAAACGGGCUUCAUAUAUAAAUAACAAUAUAGAAGCAGCCAUAGUGGGUCAGUCCAAAGUCCCAUCUAGCCCACUAUACUGUCAAAAGAUGUCAAUGCCUGAUGUUUCAGAGGGAAUGAACAAAACAGAUAUUUUCAACCACCAGACCAUGAACAACUGCAACAGCAAUACUUCUGCCAAAGACUUUUAUCUCACUGGAUUUCCUGCGCUUCAAGAUUUCCAGAUUCCUCUUUUCCUUGUAUUUUUGUUAUGCUAUCUGAUAAUACUAAUUGGUAAUACCAUUAUUAUAGCUGUAGUUGUGAUCGAUCAAACACUUCACAAACCCAUGUACUUUUUCAUAACUAAUCUCUCUGUGUUAGAUAUAUUGCUUACAACUACUACGAUUCCCAAAAUGUUGGCAAUGUUUCUGGUCAAUGCCAAAACUAUUUCUUUUCACGUCUGCUUCCUGCAGAUGUACGGUUUUCAUGGUUUAGCAGUGACUGAAUCACUGCUUCUUGUAGUCAUGUCUUAUGAUCGUUAUGAAGCAAUUUGUAAUCCUUUGCACUACCCGGUUAAAAUGACAAAAAAAGUAAACUUGCUACUGGCAGCAUGUGCCUGGGUAACUGGAUUGUUAAUACCAAUACCUGUCAUCUUCCAGACCACUCUGUUAACAUUUGGUGAAAAAAACACAGUUUACAAUUGUUUUUGUGAUCAUUUGGCAGUUGUGCAAGCAGCAUGUUCUGAUGUCAGUGUCGCUUUUCAGACUUUCUUGGGUUUCUCCAUUGCCAUGACUGUUUCAUUCCUGCCACUUGUGCUUGUCACCCUUUCAUAUGUUCACAUCAUUAUCUCCAUAUUAAAGAUCAACUCUAAUGUAGGUCGCAGUAAGGCUUUUUCUACUUGCACUUCCCAUUUGAUUGUGGUUUGCACUUACUACUCAUCCAUUGCUCUGGCAUAUAUUUCCUACAGAACAGACUUGCCAAUUGAUGUCCACAUUAUGAGCAAUGUUGUUUUUGCUAUUUUAACCCCUUUGUUAAAUCCACUCAUUUACACUUUGCGAAACAAGGAAGUAAAAUGUGCAGUAAACAAGUUUCUUUUUCUGAAGCUCUUUCCUCCUUUUAUAAAGCCGUAA